GUGUAAUUGGUGGUGCGGGCAUGCGGCUGGUGGCUGCCUACUUUUAGAGCAAUUCCGCCUCAGGGCGUGGUGGAAGAUUGGUACCGGGACUGGGACGCGCGGGUUGCCAUCAAGGCCUCUUCGCCAGGUCGCCCUGAGCCGACCUGCCGUAUAAAACGCCCCUCUCAUCGACUUCUGGGAGCACUACUGCGCUUCCCGCUGUCUAAGGAUCCAUUAUUCCCUCAACAUGCUCAUCGCAGCCAUUCUUCUGUGGAGUUUCAUCAUCGGUGCCUCCUGUCAAGGGCCUCAUUAUCAAUCGCCGCCGCAUCAAGCGGCAAUUCUAAGCGAUGCGCGUUAUCUCGCAGGUGAUGGCACGUUCGGUGCCGCUUAUUCUCAAGAAGACGGAGUGGAAUUUAAGGAAGAGAGUGACGUGGACGGUAAUCGACGUGGAUCAUACUCGUAUAUUGAUCCAACCGGUCAAAGGCGCACUGUGACUUACACAGCGGGAAAGAAUGGUUUCCAAGCGACCGGGGAUCAUAUUCCCAGUGCACCCCCGCCGGCGCCACCACAGCCGGAAUACGCACCGCUGGCACAGUAUAAUCCGCCGGAUUAUCAACCCCCGAGCUACGCGCCGCCACGGCCUCAGCAAUAUCCACGGCGCUACCAACCGGAUUACGAGCCACAACCUGUCGUUUAUCAACCGCAGCCUCAAUCGCAGUACCAGUAUCAACCGCAAUCACCGCCUCGUUAUCAUCCCCCAGAGUUGCAAAGCAUACCUUCGUAUGUGCCACCAAGACCGCACUAUCAGUCUCAACUUCGCCCCGCGCCGCAAUACAACGCGAUAACAACUCCGGCACCUCGGAAUUUCUAUCCGCCCGGCAAACUCAGCUUCAAUCGGACUCCCGACGGCUUCUCCUAUACAUUCAGCAAAAGUUGAAUGACACGUGAGUUAAUGAAUAAAAAGUUGCAGUGAAUCCGCGCUAAAAAUUAACAAAAUUUUUUAAAUUCC